UCAGGCAUUUCAUCUUUUAGCAUAGUAUUUCAGCGCUUAUCGAUGCAAUUGCCUUAUUUUCUUUGUUUUUCUUUGUUUUGUACUUUUUUAUCAUUUAGGAAUUCGAUGAAGAAUCAUUGUUUAAUGGUCCACCCAAAAAAUGUAAUUGUGGUGAUCUUGUUCAUGCUGAUGGUUCAGGAGAUGUUUACUUUAAAAAACCAGAAAAGCCAAAAAUACCAGCAGAUCCAGUGAGUAUAAUGAUUGCAAUGAAAGCAGCCCAACAAACACUUAAAGAAGGUCAACUAGAAUAUGGUUUUAAGAAAAGACCCAUCGAAGUACCACGUCGACGAGUCAUUCCACCGAACGUUCCCGAGGAAAGGCUAUACGAUAUGAAUGCAAAAGUGAUUGAAUUUAAAAAGCCAUCGUUUUCGGCUGAAAGUGAGUUUGACGAUGAACCAGAAUUCGAAAGUGAUGAAGACGAUCCAAUGGUUAAUGAGCAUGAGAAAGAACACCGAGCGCCAAAUCCAAAUCAUUUCUAUUAUUCAGAUAUCGGAUUUAGUGAAUUAAACAGAAACGAUCAAAAAUUCAAAAAUAUUCCAAUUUCAACGACACCCGGCCCGCAACCGUUGCCACCAAAUCCAUAUUACAUGGGACACGUCGCCAAUCUAUCGCCCGAACAGAUUUAUCUUCAACAAUUGUGGGACGCCUAUGAAAGAUCAUAUAAGUACCAACACCAGUGUCCAGCAUAUCAGACCUCUUUGACACGACGACGAUGAUAUGUAGAUGCGCAAGCAACUAUUCAUUAUUGAUUCUUUCACUUUAGCUGUGAUAUUUUUCUUCUUAUUCUUCUUUUUAUUAUUAUUAAUUAAAACAUAUAUUUUUAUUAUUA